AUGAAUAAAAGAAUACCCGAGCCAGAAGAUAUAGCAUUGACUUCCAGUGAAUUUCUUGAGAGGCUUAGAGGAGAAUAUAAGAGAGAAGUAAGAAGAGAACACAACAAGGUUGUUUUUUACAAAGAGCCUCAGAAGUAUAGAAAAAUGGGACUUAAUGAGUAUCUAGAAAAAGAUAAAGAAUCCCAAGAAGAAAUGGUUAUUCCCAGGAUGAAUGAAGGCGAGCUGGAGAUGUUGGCUCGCGAGGCAAAUGUCUCUAUAAGCAUGGACAAGUUCAAUAGGGAUCCAGGAAUAAUGAUCCUCUUGGUCAGAGGAACGACCACAGGCAUUGAGUCCUUCAGGGAAAAAAUGGAAUACAUACACAACAAGCUUUCUGGAAGUAUCCAGACCGAUAAAGAAGUCAAGGUUUUGGAUGUCCCCCCUGAGGCGGAGGAUCUUGUGAUAGGAAGGAACGGAACGAACAUAUACAGACUUCAAAAGGACUUUAAGAUUAUUAUAAGAGUAAUAGAUGGAAGCCGUGGUGGAUCAAAGGCGCUUGCCAUUUCUGGAGGCGAUAAAGAUCAAGUUCAAAAGGCAUGCAGUCACAUCACAGAUAUAAUUUAUAGAGGCAUCAAUUAA